AUGCCUGCCCAGUCUACAAUCACAGCAUUGAUGCAUGCCAAUCCGCCUUUCACUGAACCCUCCACCUCUCAAGAUGAUUCAGCAACAACAACAUUGAUGCCUGCCAUCCCUCCAAAUGACUCCCCCCCUCAAAUUGCUACCUCUAUCAACGUCAGCAAGCCCAAAAAGAAGUUGCCUCCCAGAAGCACUCGCUCUGCAACUGUCUCUAAGCAUAGCACUCGUUCAUUUUUAGUGGGCCCGCCAAACGUGUCAGCUACUCCCCAGGCUCCUCAAACUAAAGAAUACCAGCGUCGUAAGGGUAAAUUUUCUGCCUCUAGCCAACAGCAACUUAACCCAAGCUCUCCUGAGCAACUACCCCCACCCCCAAUCCUUCAUCAUGACCCCUUGGUUAAUUUGGAAUAUCCGAGGUCUGCCUCUGGAAAACUGGGAGGUGUCCCCAUUGACCCUGGUUCUGUUGAGGCUUUUAACAACUGCCUUGAUAAUAUUAACAUGAAUGAUCUUCGGUGGUCUGAUGCCAAUCUCACUUGGCAGAACCGUAGAAGUGGAGCUGACAGGAUAGCUUGCAAGCUUGAUAGGGCUCUUGUAAAUGAAGCUUGGCCGACCCACUACCCUGCAUCCUUUGCCACAUUUGAUGCCCCCACCAUCUCAGAUCAUUGCCCCAUUUCCCUCCAUGCCUACCCCUCCUCCUCCUUUGGCCCUAAACCUUUCAAAUUCUUCGAUAUGUGGACCCUCCACCUCAAUUUCUCCUCUAUUGUCUAUGAUGCUUGGAAUCUCCCCGUCAAAGCCUUCUCCUCUCCCCUCAUUGCCUUGUCCAAGAAGCUUGAGAAUGUAAAAUCCGCUCUCAAGCUUUAG